CAUAAGAUCAAUCUGAGGAGGAGAUGUGAACGUGUGACUGAAGGAAGUGAUGAAACAAGAAGUGGAACCCUCCUCAACAGGAUCUACACAGAGAUCUACAUCACAGAGGGACAGAGUGAAGAGGUUAAUACCCAGCAUGAGGUGAGGCAGCUUGAGACAGCUUCCAAGAAGAAGACCCUCCAUGACACUCCAAUCAGGUGCCAGGACAUCUUUAAAGCCUUACCUGGCCAACAGAGAGCCAUCAGAGUGGUUCUGACCAACGGCGUCGCUGGCGUUGGAAAAACCUUCUCAGUGCAGAAGUUCACUCUGGACUGGGCAGAGGGCUCGGGAAACCAAGAUGUCGGUCUGCUGGUUCUGCUCUCGUUCAGGGAGCUGAACUUGAUCAAAGAUGAGCGGCACAGUCUCCUCACGCUGCUCCAUGUUUUCCAUCCAACAUUACAGAAGGUCCCAGCAGAGAAGCUCGCUGUCUGGAAACUGUUGUUCAUCUUUGACGGCCUGGAUGAAAGCAGACUUUCAUUGGAUUUCCACAACAAUGAGGUUGUGUCUGAUGUCACACAGAAUUCAUCAGUCAACCUGCUGCUGACAAACCUCAUCAAGGGGAAUCUGCUUCCCUCGGCUCUCGUCUGGAUAACUUCUCGACCUGCGGCGGCCGAUCGGAUCCCUCCUUCGUGUGUCGGCAGGGUAACGGAAGUACGAGGCUUCACUGACGCCCAGAAGGAGGAGUACUUCAGGAGGAGAGUCAGUGAUGAAGAGCUGUCCAGCAGAAUCAUCUCACACGUCAAGACCUCCAGGAGCCUCCACAUCAUGUGUCUAAUCCCGGUCUUCUGCUGGAUCACUGCUACAGUUCUGGAGCACAUGUUGACUACAGAGCAGAGAGGAGAGCUGCCCAAGACCCUGACUGACCUGUACUCACACUUCCUGCUGGUUCAGAUAAAGAGGAAGAAGCAGAAGUAUGAUGAGGGACAUGAGACGAGUCCACAGGAGCUAAUGGAGACUGACAGGGAGGUUCUUCUGAAGCUGGGGAGGCUGGCGUUUGAACAUCUGGAGAAAGGAGACAUCAUGUUCUACCAAGAAGACCUGGAGCAGUGUGGUCUUGAUGUCACAGAAGCCUCGGUGUACUCAGGAGUUUGUACAGAGAUCUUCAAAAGAGAGAGUGUAAUCUUCCAGAAAACAGUCUACUGCUUUGUUCAUCUGAGCGUUCAGGAGUUUCUGGCUGCAGUCUACAUGUUCCACUGUUACACCAGCAGCAACACAACAGUACUGAAGAAUUUUCUGGGGAAACAUUACAGUGAAUCAUCUCUGGUUGUCUUCCUGAUGAGAGCAGUCACAAAAUCUUUCAAAAGUAAAAAUGGCCACCUGGACCUGUUUGUUCGUUUCCUUCAUGGCUUCUCUCUGGAGUCCAACCAGAGACUCUUAGGAGGCCUGCUGGGUCAGACAGACAACAGUCCAGAAAUCAUCCAGAGAGCCAUCAACAACCUGAAGGAGAUGAACAGUAAUAAGAUCUCUCCUGACAGAAGCAUCAACAUCUUCCACUGUCUGACGGAGAUGAACGACCACUCCGUACAUCAGGAGAUUCAAGAGUUCCUGAAGUCAGAGAACAGAUCAGAUAAGAAACUCUCUAAGAUCCAUUGCUCAGCUCUGGCCUACAUGCUGCAGAUGUCAGAGGAGGUUCUGGAUGAGUUGGACCUGAAGAAGUACAACACAUCAGAGGAGGGACGACUGAGACUGAUUCCAGCUGUGAGGAACUGCAGAAAGGCUCGACUUACUGGCUGUGGGCUCUCAGAGACUCACUGUGAAGUCAUGGCCUCAGCUCUGAAGUCCAACCCCUCCCAUCUGAGAGAGUUGGACCUGAAUUUCAACGAACUGCAGGAUUCAGGAGUGAAGCUGCUGUCUGCUGGACUGGCGAGUCCACACUGUAGACUGGAGACUCUGAAAUUGUGGCGCUGCAGUUUGUCAGAGAUCAGCUGUGCUUCUCUGGCCUCAGCUCUGAAGUCCAACCCCUCCCAUCUGAGAGAGCUGGACCUUAGUGAAAAUGUGCUGCAGGAUUCAGGAGUGAAGCUGCUGUGUGGUUUUCUGGAGAGUCCACACUGCAGACUGGAGACUCUGAGACUGAGUUUCUGCAGUUUGUCAGAGAUCAGCUGUGCUGCUCUGGCCUCAGCUCUGAACUCCAACCCCUCCCAUCUGAGAGAACUGGAGCUGCGAGGAAACAAGUUGCAGGAUUCAACUGUGAAGCUACUGUGUGACCUUGUGGAGAGUCCACACUGUAGACUGGAGACUCUGAGCUGGGAGCCAUUUAAGAUUUGAUAAGCACUCAGUGUGUUUUGAGAGAGGAUCAGCUGUGUCCUGAUGAUCCAGAGAGGUUGAAGCAGCAGCAUCAGCUUGUGUGUGGAGAGGCUCUGACUGGGCCAUGUUACUGGGAGGUAGAGUGGAGAGGAGAGCUUCAUCCAGCAGUGACUGACAGAGGAAUCCCAACAGUGCUGCAGUCUGAACUGCUCUGAGAUCAGCUCCACUGUCAGACACAAAGUCAAGUCCACCAUCAUCCCUGUGUGUUCCUCUGGAUGUGUGGGGUCAAAUUACAAUACACUAUACUAGUAUGCAUUAACCUUUUUAUGUUAAUACAUUUUAUAAUUUGCAUUUUUGGACUAUUGUGAUAUUUAUUCAUUAUUACCUUUGACAUGUUAAAUCGGUCUGUUGCUGUUUUUUUUUUUCUUUCAUAUGAAUAUCAUGCAAGACAAAAAAAAUAAAAAUACACCUUUAAUAUCUGAAUCAACUUUUCCACACUUUACGCACAUCUGCUGGCAUAACCCUUUAUGUGUGGUUUCACCCACUUCGAGUGGUACUGUUUAAAAACUGUUGCGCGGCUGUGGCUCAGGAGUGAGAGCGGGUUUCCCAUUAAUCAGAAGGUCAGCUAUUCAAUUCCCGACUCCUCCGGGCUACAUGUUUAAGUGUCCUUGGGCAAGAUACUGAACCUCGAAUUGCUUCUGGUGUGAAUGUGAUAUAGUGUAAAAGCACUUUGAGUGGUCGAAAAGACUAGAAAGAACAUUUAUAUUUGCGCAGAGGCUGGUAUACCGAUUUAUUAACCUUAAUAAGCGCUGUAAUUUUCUAAAUAUACGCAUGCAAAAUAACACUCUCUGUUUCAUCACUGACCUGUUUCAAACAGCUUUCUGUCACCAAUCUUCUGUGAUUUAAUUUUUCGUGCAACUCUUUGGUUAUUUAUUUUGGUUAAUUCAGUUUGGGAGUUGAUUAUUUUUUCACCUUCGGCCUUGUAUCUCUUCCAUACUGCUUAGCACUUCACUCUCUAUAAGCCCUCUUGGCAUAUUGCACUCCUUUAGUGUUAAAAUUACUCCACCCUGUAGCACCUGGUUUUCCAUUAUCUAACUUCUACUCGGUCCAGCUAACCUACAGACUUGCUGGCGCCUCUCUAAGAAAGGGAGGGGUGCGAGGGAGAAGGGAGUGGAGCUUCUUGAUUGGAUGCAGCAACUGCAGGCACACUUUGAUUUUUUUACAUGUAUAAUAAAGAUUAUAUGAAUAGAUUGACCACAUAUAGCAUGCAUAUAUAUGUUGUCUUAAAGAUAUUCUGCUCAUUUCAUAAUUUUGUUUAGGGUUGUGCCAGAACAGGUUUACAUGGUUUAAUUUUAAAAAGACCAGAGCACAUUUUGUGUGUCACCCUGUGUGUUGAAUGCACCGUUUUAACUACCAAGUGAGGCAUCUCACUUCUAUUCUAUCUUUGUCGGGAGUUGCACUUGAGCAGUGCCUAGUUAAGAACUACUAACCAAUCAGAAGCAGUGACGAGCCUUUAAACACAGCUUCGGUUCAGUUGUACAAGUUCCCGAACCAGCUUUGCAACCUGGACUGGAACAAGAGUUAUAAUAAUAAUCUGUAACAAAUGCAUCUUUCAUACGUAACGUUUAUGUCCAGUCACUGCCUGCAGAGUAUGUAACCUGAUUUUAAUUUAUUAUUCAACGAGCUUGGGUUGAGGGCGUGCCAUACUAGCAGCUAGGCGAGCAUUAUGAUCCUUGUUACAAAGUCAAUAGCUUGGACUACAAUUGAGCUCUUUUCUGUGGGAGAUGGGAACUCCCUUUGGGGUGGACCUUUGGCUUUUUCACUUUGCAAACUUAUUACAUGCACAAAAAUAUUUGUAUAACACAAUAAAAGUGAAGGGAAAAAGCCUAAAAGCAGAACAUAACCUUUUUAAUAAAAGAAAAUAUACUUGUUUCUUAUAACAUGCAACAACAACCUAAUAUAAAAUGCAACUUAUAGGCACAUUAUUACUGAAACAUUACCUUAAUUUCUUUACACUGUUCUUCAUAUAUUUACUACUUAAAGCCUGAUAUAUAUCUUGCCUUUCUCAUAAUAAAUAAAGCCAAAUGUUAAAUUCCC